AGGUAAAUUGCAAUAUUUAUUUUUUAAUAAAAAGUUAAAAACAGAAAACCCAACAAAUGGGGAAAGCAAAAGAAUUGCUGAUUAUUGAUGAAGCUGCAAAUAAUAUUUAUAUAAAAAGACGAAAAACACCUUAUGAUCAAAAUAAUUUCCAUCCUUUUUUCUCUUUCAUUGAUCGCAUCAACUUUUCCUGUAAAAUCUAAAACCAAAAAACUGUUUAAUAACAGAAAUUAAUCAUUUUUUGCAAGUUGCAACUUUAAAACCCUAAUAAGUUCCCAAUUCACAGCAAAAAAGAAAAGAAGUCUAUUUUAGUGAAAUUCCACUUUCAAAUUCAUUUAAUUUUCAUUCAAAGAAAAUACGGUUUUCCUUUUUUUUUUUUUUUCAUUUAUUUCGUCGAUUAUCGUUUCAGAGUUCAUUUUCUCGAUCGUUCCUAUUUGUUUGGAAAGCGAAAGUUUUUGUUUUCAAAUUUCUAUCACGUUUAUUUUGUAUUUUUUAUGAUUAUAUAAAGAAAAUGGGAUCAAGCUUGCUUCAAUGGGAAUCCGACCCUCUAUUCUCAGCAGCCGAAGUUGUUCAAGAUUCAGCUGACAGAAUGGAAUCGAUUUUUCGUCUUCUUUUCCACGAACAAAGUCUUUUUCAAGGUGAUCAUUCUGACCCGAAGCUGCUUACUUCGAUUGGGUAUCACAGGCGUGAUCUUGCAACCAUACUCGAAACAGCAAAAUGGCAGUUGGAAGAUUUUGAAAAAGCAGUUAGCUCAUCAGCUAGGAUGGACCAGUCUCACUCUAGGGAGGAUGCGAUUUCCAGACAUAAGCAGUUUAUUAGAGCCAUUAGAGAACAGAUAAAUAAUGUUGAGAAAAGCUUGGAGGAAAUGGCAAUGGGAAAUCCCAUGAAAACCUCGGAGUGGGGAAACUUGAAUGAAAAAGAUAGAGAUGGUUUGGCGUUAUUUCUUUCUGGGGGGAAUCAUAAUGAGCACAAUCACCGUUAUGAUUUGGAUGAUAGUGACAUCUUGAAAAGAUUUCUUGAUCCAGCCACAGCAUCUUGCUCAACAGAUGCUGGAAUUGUUGGAAAUGAAUGUGGAGAAAUUGAAGAAGUGAAUAUGAAUGGUGUUGCUUAUAGUAGCCAUUAUUAUGAUUCUAUGAAGGACAAUAACUUAAGGAAGGUGGGUUCACAUUGUUCUAUAAAAUUGGGUCUAGAUGCAGUGGAUUAUUUCCAAGAGAGUUCUCGUAACAGGAAUGCCGAAGAUGGAAGUUGGGAUUUAGAAGCUAGUGAAGGCAAACCUAAGAGUUUCUUCCACGAGAAUAAGUUGAGAGGCACUUCCAGCAGAAUGAAUCUCUUUGGAUUCUUCAAUAAUCUAUGGACUGCAUAUGGGAGAAGGUUUCCUAGCAAUUAUACAAAGCGAUUGAAAGAUGGAGAAGAAGGGCAUUCCCCAUCAUACAUUGAUGCUUCUCGUGCUGCAGAGGGUCAGCGUAUUGGACCAAGUUCAGCACCUGUAGACCUUGUCCUCCGGGUAUUACAUGGGUUUCUUGUAAAGGUAAUGCAGCUGCGAAGGAUGCUUGGGGCAGGUAAUGCCAGAUUUGAUAGAUUUUCAUAUCUUGCUAAAGUUAAUCGACGAUCCAUACAAAUGAUACUGACAAUAGUAUUUGCCUUCACACUUUUAGGUAAGCACAUGAUAUUUAUUUUACUCUACCCUUUAGAGUUAAAUUCAAAUGAUCUACUUAUUUGAUGUGUUUUAGAUUAUCAAAUAUUUCAUCUACAUCUUUAACUUGUUAGGCACUCUUUCUAUAAAACCCUUUUCAUGCUUGUUUGUCCAAUCAACUUUGAGAUGCUCAAAUAUAUUUUGCUGCUGUGGAUCGGACAUUAUACGACCUGUCAUCUGGUGUAUAAAUAUAAAGUCCAAAGUACAAAAGCAUAAGUGUGUUUUCUAAGGAUGUUAUCUUUAAGAACCUUAAUUGUCAUACAGCAGACGCAAAAAGGAUAUCUCCUUUUAAUUUAAGCAUUUAGCUCUAUUUGUUGAUUUGGGAAUAAAAGUUCAUAGAGGGUUUCCUUUAGAUUGUAGUUGGCUAGUAUGGAGAUCUAACUGCUCUUAUGAUUAAUCAAGUGGGGAGAAGAAUUUUUGAACAUUUUUUAGUGCUUACAUAUGGAAUUUUUGUUAGCUAAGCUGUAUUGGUAGUCUCUGUGGGAGUUCUUUAAAAAUCAAGGUUCAACUUCAAUCUAAAAGUCUGGCAAAAAAAAAAAAAACACUUAAAUGUAAAAGGAGUUAACCUUGAAGGGAAAUAAUCCUGCCAAGCUGCAUGAAAUUACAAAUUUCAUUUUAAGCUCCCAAAAAAUGUUCAUGCUUUCUGUAAAUCAAUAAAGAAGUCUUUAGCACGCUGAAUAUAAGUAUUAAGGAUAUCGUGACUUCAUUUCCCAUUUGUUAACCGUUACACCAUGAGAGAAACUAAUCUUUAACCUAUGAUAUUUUUUA